AAAGAUUCUUGGUCAGAAGCUAGGGAAUCUAAUGCUCCUGAAGUAUUAUAUGUGCGUGCCUAUGGCUCAUCUUUUUUUGCCCUUGGAAUAAAUAUAAGGAAUGGCCGCUUCCUUCUUCAGUCCUCCCAGAACAUUCUCCCACCAUCAGCUUUGCUAGAUUGUGAAGAAGCUUUAAAUCUGGGCAGUAUUACUGCAGUUGAAGUUUUCAUAAAUUUGAGAAGCAAAAGUAUUUUGCACUUGUUUGCUGCUAUUGGAAGGUUCUUAGGGCUAGAGGUUUAUGAACAUGGUUUUACCACAGUGAAGUUACCCAAGAACAUUUCAAAUAGUUCAACUAUGAUGUUAAUGGGAUUUCCAGAUUGUGGGAGUUCUUAUUUUUUGCUAAUGGAACUUGAUAAGGAUUUUAAACCAAUGUUUAAAUUGCUAGAGACUCAGCCAGAUCCAUCUAGAGGGGCUCAUUCUUUGAAUGACCUAAAGAAUGUGAUCCGUACAAAGAAAAUUGAUAUUGGCCAGAUGCAGAUGCUUGAAGAUGAACUGAAUUUAAGUAUAGUUGACAGGGGGAAGUUACUGUCCUUUUUACCAAAUGCUGGUGGUUCAAGCCAAACUGGGGGUAAUAGCCUUAUAUCUGAGUUCAACAAUGAUGGUUCGACUCAGAUUGCUGGAUGUCCUUCAAGUUUCUCAUCUGUUGUUGAUGAAGUUUUUGAAAUUGAGAAAGGGACAUCUGCAGCACCAUUACCUGUACAGAAUCUAGCAUCGUUUACUACAUCGCCUGCUUCUCAGUUUGCCUCUGUUCCAGGGAAUCUUCGGGCCGUAAAACCUGGAUCACCCCCUCCUAAGUGGGAAGGCAGUAUGCAGAUGCCAAAGGUUUCAGGUAUGACCAAUCACUAUAAUGGUCCCUUAUGUUCACCGAGCAAUGUGAAGGGCCCAGCACACUCUAGCUCUUUGAAUUCUCUAUCAUCUGUCCCAGGCAGGAAUGCAGCUGCGAAGAAACUGUCAGCUUCGAAAUCAGAUCAGGAUUUGGCUUCUCUCAGAUCUCCACAUUCAGUUGAUGGAAGUGCAAUGGACGAAGAUAAUCUGAGAUUGCUAAAUGAUGCUUCAAAAGAUGCAUUAUCAGGGAGUAGAUCAUCUCGGCUACUAUCUCCGCCUAGGUCAACUGGUCCCCGGGUCUCUGCAUCAAGUACAAAAUCCCUUCCUGGAUCUUUCAAUGCUGCCGGAUCUAGCCCAUUACCUUCACCUCCCGUAUCCCAGACAGGCGACGUGACAAGUUUUCAUAAUAGCCCUUCUAGUUAUAUUUUUUCCAAACAUGAUAGAAAUUCUCGAAAACGUACAGUUUCAGAUAUGUUGGGUUUGAUUCCACCACUUCAAGCUCUAGAAGCCAAUGUUGGGUUUAGCAAGAGAAGAAGAACCUCUGAAUCUGCUAAGAAUCAGAACCCUUCACCAGUAACACAUGUGUCAAGUGCAGUCAUCUCUAAAAUUGAUGGAUACAGUUGUGGGAGUCUCAUAGCUGAAGCAAAUAAGGGGAAAGCACCUUCUAGCAUUUAUGUCUCUGCUCUUCUUCAUGUGGUCAGACAUUGUUCAUUAUGUAUUAAGCAUGCCAGACUGACUAGCCAGAUGGAGGCACUGGACAUCUCAUAUGUUGAGGAAGUUGGUGUAAGAAGUGCUUCCUCAAAUAUAUGGUUCCGACUUCCAUUUGCUCGGGGUGAUUCAUGGCAACAUAUAUGCUUACGGCUUGGCAGACCUGGAAGUAUGUAUUGGGAUGUCAAAAUAAAUGCACACUUCAGGGAUUUGUGGGAACUUCAGAAGGGAAGCAAGAGCACUCCGUGGGGCUCUGGUGUUCGCAUUGCUAAUACUUCUGAUGUGGAUUCUCAUAUCCGUUAUGAUUCAGAAGGUGUUGUUCUAAGUUAUCAAUCUGUUGAAGCUGAUAGUAUAAAGAAGUUGGUGGCAGAUAUUAGAAGGCUGUCCAAUGCAAGAAUGUUUGCUCUUGGAAUGCGAAAAUUGCUUGGAGUAAGAGCAGAUGAGAAACUGGAAGAAAGCUGUGUGAAUCCUGAUGUUAAAGCACCAGUUGGAGGAAAAGGUAAUGGGGAGGCUGCUGAUAGGUUAUCUGAACAAAUGAGGAGAGCAUUUAGAAUUGAAGCAGUUGGACUAAUGAGUUUCUGGUUUAGUUUCGGUUCGGGUGUACUUGCGCGCUUUGUUGUGGAAUGGGAAUCUGGUAAAGACGGUUGCACAAUGCAUGUUUCUCCUGAUCAACUUUGGCCCCAUACAAAGUUCUUGGAAGAUUUCAUAAAUGGAGCAGAAGUUGCGUCCCUUUUGGACUGUAUUCGCCUCACUGCAGGACCUUUGCAUGCUCUUGCUGCUGCUACACGGCCUGCUCGAGCUGGUCCUGCCCCAGGAGCUCCUGGUGUAGCUAUUACUGCUAUCCCAAAACAGUCUGGGUACAUGCAAGCCCAGGGACUUCUACCUAGCAGUUCUUCAACCAGUAAUGUUAAUCAGGCCACUUCUGGAUCUAUGGGGAAUCCUGUUGCAUCUACUUCUACAGCCUCUCUUGGGAACCACAGUCUUCAUGGGGCUGCAAUGUUAGCUGCUGCAGGACGCGUUGGCCCUGGCAUUGUUCCUAGUUCACUGUUACCAAUUGAUGUUUCUGUUGUACUUCGUGGACCCUACUGGAUACGGAUCAUAUAUCGCAAGCGUUUUGCAGUAGACAUGCGAUGCUUUGCUGGUGACCAGGUUUGGUUGCAACCAGCAACACCACCCAAGGGGGGCUCUUCAGUUGGAGGGUCAUUGCCGUGUCCACAGUUUAGGCCUUUCAUUAUGGAGCAUGUUGCUCAAGAAUUAAAUGGAUUAGAGCCAAAUUUCACUAGUGGUCAACAGACAGGUGGACUGGCAACCUCGAACCAUGCAAAUCCAAGUUUGAGCUCACAACUAUCAAGUGCCAAUGGAAAUAGAGUUAACCUUCCUACCUCUGCUGUGAUGGCAAGGGCAGCAAACCAGGUGGCUGGUUUGAACCGUGUUGGGAGUGCAAUUUCAUCAUUGCCUGUUGUUAGUUCAGGAUUGCCUAUACGUAGAACCCCAGGUACUGGUGUUCCCGCCCAUGUGAGAGGGGAGCUAAAUACAGCCAUUAUUGGUCUUGGUGAUGAUGGGGGAUAUGGAGGCGGGUGGGUUCCACUUGUUGCUCUUAAGAAGGUUCUAAGAGGUAUUCUCAAGUACCUUGGAGUGCUGUGGCUAUUUGCUCAGUUGCCUGAUCUUCUGAAAGAGAUAUUGGGCUCAAUUUUGAAAGACAAUGAAGGUGCUUUACUAAAUUUGGACCAGGAACAGCCUGCCUUACGCUUCUUUGUGGGGGGCUAUGUGUUUGCUGUGAGUGUUCACAGAGUUCAACUUCUUCUUCAAGUCCUUAGUGUGAAGCGCUUCCAUCACCAGCAGCAGCAACAGCAGCAGCAAAACUCCUCGGCUGCUCAAGAGGAACUAACUCAGUCUGAAAUUGGAGAGAUAUGUGACUAUUUCAGUCGCCGAGUUGCUUCAGAGCCCUAUGAUGCUUCUCGCGUCGCGUCAUUCAUUACCCUUCUUACUUUACCUAUAUCUGUCUUAAGAGAAUUUCUCAAACUAAUAGCAUGGAAAAAGGGGUUAGCCCAGACACAAGGUGGAGAUAUAGCUCCUGCACAGAAACCUCGCAUCGAACUGUGUCUUGAAAAUCAUUCUGGACCAAGUGUGGAUGAUAAACCUGAAAGUUCAUCAACAGCUAAAAGUAACAUCCAUUAUAACAGAGCACAUAACUCUGUUGAUUUUGCACUUACUGUU